AUGAACGAGGAAGCAAUCAACUUAGAGUAUUCUGCGUCUUCCCCUGGGGGAGCAUCCUCUCCAGGAGGACCAGGUGGUCCAUCGGGUCCUGGCUGUCCUGGGUUUCCACUUGGUCCAGGUGGCCCAGGUGGUCCAGGCAUGGCUCCUCCGCCACCAUUUCCAUUCGGGCCAGGUUGUCCAGGGCUACCAGGCUGUCCGGCGUCUCCGGGUGGCCCGGGAGGUCCAGGAGGUGACGGUCCAGAUCCACCUCCAGGAGCUCCAGGAUUUCCAUCAGGUCCAGGUGGUCCAGCGCUUCCAUCAGGUCCUGGUGGUCCAGGUGGUCCAACUGGACACGAGAUGCAAUCACUGCCUCCAUUACUUCCACCAGACCCACCAUCGUUUCCAGGUUUUCCGGGCUGGCCAGGUUCACCAUUUUCACCAGGCUCUCCGGGUUGUCCAGGAGGUCCUGGUGGUCCUGCAGGGCAGUUAUUCGGCUGUUGA